CCACCAUCAUGGGCAACACGGAUACGAAAUUGAACUUUCGCAAGGCAAUCGUUCAGCUGACGCGGAACAGUCAGCCGAUCGAUGCGAACGAUGACGCAUUUUGGGAGCAGUUUUGGUUCGAACACAAUACCCCGGUGCAGGAUGUGUUUGCGUUGGUGCCGGCGAAUGAGAUACGGAAGGUGCGAGAUGUCAUGCCGACGAACCUGGCCACGCUUUGCUACAAGGCGACGGAGCGUAUGGUCCGAGCUGUCGAUAACAGCUGUCGGACGCAGGGAGAGCAGCAGACGGUACUGAACUGUGUGCGACUGCUGACACGCAUCCUUCCGUACGUGUUUGAGGACGUGCAAUGGAAGGAUUUCUUCUGGUCAUCGCUCCCCUCGGGCAGCGAAAAGGAAGAGGCCGGAUCAGUGCCUCUGGCCCAGAGCCUGCUGAAUGCGAUCUGCGAUCUGCUGUUCUGUCCGGACUUCACCGUCGUCGGGUAUCGCAAAUCAGGCCCGGAAAAGGCAGAGGAGCUCAACUCGAUCGACAGCUGCGAGUACAUUUGGGAAGCGGGCGUGGGCUUCGCACAGUCGCCACCUCGUAACGGGAGCAUGGAUUCGCGGCGUACGGAGUUACUGAAGCUGCUGCUGACGUGUUUCAGCGAGACCAUGUACCGUCCACCGACGGCAAGUGACGAACCGAAUCGCUGGAUCGUGCACUUCACCAGCGCCGACAACCGACACGCGUUGCCCCUGUUCACGUCCCUGCUAAACACGGUCUGUGCGUACGAUCCGGUCGGAAUCGGUGUGCCCUACAACCAUCUGCUGUUUACUGACACGCUCGAACCGCUGGUCGAGGUAUGCCUGCAAAUACUGAUCGUCACGCUUGAUCAUGACAUCACGAGCAACGGGCCAGCUCAGUCGUCCGCGUACAUACACGACGACAGUACCAUCGCGGACAAUUUGUUCAUCAACUAUCUGUCGCGCAUCCAUCGGGAUGACGAUUUUCAGUUCAUUCUGAAAGGGGUCACGCGUCUGCUGAACAACCCGCUCGUGCAGAGCUAUCUGCCGAACUCGACUAAGAGGCUACAUUGCCACCAGGAGCUGCUGGUGUUCUUUUGGAAGAUCUGCGACUACAACAAGAAAUUUCUCUAUUUCGUGCUGAAAAGCUGUGACGUACUAGAUAUACUGGUGCCGAUACUUUAUCAUCUCAAUGACUCGCGCGCCGAUCAAUCUCGUGUCGGUCUGAUGCAUAUUGGUGUGUUCAUCUUGCUGCUGCUUUCCGGUGAGCGUAAUUUUGGCGUCCGGCUAAACAAACCCUACACGGCCACCGUUCCGAUGGAUAUUCCGGUGUUCACGGGCACGCACGCCGAUCUGCUGAUUACAGUGUUUCACAAAAUUAUCGCCACGGGGCAUCAGCGUUUGCAGCCGCUGUUCGACUGUCUGCUGACCAUCCUCGUGAACGUAUCGCCCUAUCUGAAAACGCUGUCGAUGGUGGCCAGCAUCAAGCUACUGCAUCUGUUAGAGGCUUUCAGUACGCCCUGGUUCCUGUACUCGGCACCCUCGAAUCAUCAUCUGGUGUUUUUCCUGCUCGAGAUCUUCAACAACAUCAUCCAGUAUCAGUUCGAUGGAAACUCGAACCUGGUGUAUACGAUCAUUCGCAAGCGGCAGGUGUUCCAUGCGUUAGCCAACCUCCCAACGGACGCCGCUGGUAUUGCGCGGUGUCUCAGCAACCGCAAAGGCGGUGCCAGUGUUGCUGGAGGUGGUAGUAGGCAUAGUAGUUCUAGUCAGGCAGCAGGCUCCCGAAGCGUUUCCGGGCAUGAUGAUGCCACCGAUUAUCAACAGCGAAAGGCGGCCUUAACUGCUUCCGGACCGCAAAGCGGCGUUGUUGCUGGUGACGAUAGCGAAGAGGACACAAUUACCGAUGCCCGAAGUGACAUCGUAGAAGAAUCGAUGGAAGGUUCCCGACCGGCGCAGGAAGCCGAACCGGGCACGCUACAGGCGACGUUGCUAGACACGCCCAACCUGGCGCAGAUAACCGAACGGGAAUCCGCACAUCCAAGCGAUCUUGCUAAACCGGAGGUUAACGAUACGCCAAAGAGUGGUGCUGCAACCGGCUCGCCAACCAAAACACCUUCUCCACUGAAACACUCGGUUGCACAGCGUGGCAGCAUACGAGUCACGCCGGCACCUUCGCACGGUCCCCAGGUGAAGCAGUGGCAACCGUCCCCCGAGUGGGUGCAGUCGUGGCGCUCGAAGUUACCCCUGCAGACCAUCAUGCGCCUGCUGCAGGUGCUCGUGCCACAAGUGGAGAAGAUCUGCAUCGAUAAAGGCCUUACUGACGAGUCGGAGAUACUGAAGUUUCUGCAGCACGGCACGCUUGUCGGUCUGCUGCCGGUGCCGCAUCCGAUUCUGAUCCGAAAGUACCAGGCGAACGGCGGCACCACGGCCUGGUUCCGUACGUACAUGUGGGGUGUCAUCUAUCUGCGGAACGUCGAUCCUGCCGUUUGGUACGACACCGAGGUGAAGCUGUUCGAGAUACAGCGCGUCUAAAAGGAUUCCUCAGCCGGUAAGCAGGGCUUUUCUUUAUUUAUAACUUCUUACUAACAACUGGACGAAUGGUGGAUCACCUCGGAUCUGCUGAUGGUAAAGAGACAAGAAAAACAAAGAACAGGGAGAGAGCAAAAAAGGAAAAAAUAGAGAAUGGGAAAGGAGUCCCAUCCAUGCAAAGUAUUUAAACUGAUUGACCAUUCCGUCGAAAGUCAUUUCGGACUGUUGAUAAUUAAAUACAGCCCUUUAAACUAAACUAAGGCAACCCGUAAAAAGCAGCAACCGCUACAUAAUCAGCAUUUAUUGCCGGGUGUAUAUCUGCCAUUGCAGAACGUGUGUUUUGUCACCGGAUUCAUUAAAAAAAGAAGCUUUAAUGUAGUCUACCUUGCCCUACAUUCGCUGUCCUUUGCUUAUUUCGUGAUCCUCCUUGGGCAGUGUCCCGUAAAUCAAAAAUAGUAUGUCCCGCUGAAUUGCUAUAAACUGUGUAAUGAGGCUUUGAGAGAUUGUAGUCAUAUUCCGAGGGUAUAGGCAAUCUGGUGUAGUCUUGGAAGCAGAGACAGAGAGAGAUAGAGAGAGAAAGACGCACGUAAACGAUAGGUUAACAAGAAGACGCAUUAUGCUGACGUAAAGUAACUUAAACCAAUCAAAUCUAUAACCAUUAA